ACUAGGAGCGUUCGUUACGAUUUUAUAAAUUUAUAUUUUUUUAAAGUACGAUAUGUCCGGACGUGGGAAAGGUGGUAAAGUAAAGGGUAAAGCGAAGUCGCGGUCAAAUAGAGCUGGAUUACAGUUUCCAGUUGGCCGUAUCCAUCGUCUUUUAAGGAAGGGUAAUUAUGCCGAACGUGUUGGAGCCGGAGCGCCAGUAUAUUUGGCGGCAGUAAUGGAAUAUCUAGCUGCUGAAGUUCUCGAGUUGGCAGGAAAUGCUGCUCGUGAUAACAAAAAGACAAGAAUUAUUCCGAGACAUUUGCAAUUGGCGAUCCGAAAUGACGAAGAAUUAAAUAAAUUAUUGUCUGGUGUAACUAUUGCUCAGGGUGGUGUCUUGCCGAAUAUACAAGCUGUUUUGCUUCCAAAGAAAACAGAAAAGAAAACAUAAUUAAAAAUUUGCAAACUAAAACGGCCCUUUUUAGGGCCACCA